CCUACAGGCCACGACAAUAGUUCAACCCCUGUAAGGAAGCCAGCUGACUGGGGGACAUGCGCAGUAAACGACGACGGCGAGUGGGAAACAACUGGCAUAGCGAGUACAUAUUGAUUUUAGGGCGUUUGUUCAGUAGCUGCAACAAUUGUCGUUGGCAAUGUCGCCUUUCUAGACCCAAAACUGCAGCAUUAAGGGAUAUUCCAUCUCGAUGGACGAGGUGAUUAGGUAGCACUGAAAAAUAGUUCUUUAAUCUCGAUAUUUGCAACACCAGCUAUGUACGGAAUUGAGAAAGCUGACAUCAGCGUCUAGGCCCCGGAACCACGGGCAAAAGACGACUUGCACCAUUUCCCACAGAGUACCACAUAUUUAGGAUUUUGAAAUUGCCUUUCGCACUAGCUAUCCAGCAUGGAGAUACCUAUUUCGAAUAUACUACUGCUGUGCUUGACCUUCCUGCUUAUCGGUGGGGUGCUAAUGAUUCUCCUGCAGUAUUUGCUUUUCAUCAAAUUCUCCAACCUUCCCGACGAAAGCGAGGAGCAAAAACAGAUGAAUGCCAAAUACACUUUGCCACUGAACAUUAAGCAAACAGCCCGAAAGCUGAAGGGGCUGCCCAACAUCGGCCCUGGGCCUGGCAAUGGGUGCGAAAACCGGCAGGACACUCUGCAAGGAGCUUCGGCCCUCAUAUCGCUCAACUUCGUGAUGCAGUUUCUCUUCCACGAGUUCAGAAACUCAAACCGUGUGCGCAAGUGGUUCUACCGGAAGCUGUCCAUCGAACUGGACGAGUUGAUAACAAAGACGACUACCGGAAAGCUUCUUGACAAGCUUACAAUCAAGGAGCUCGAGUUGGGGGACCAGUUCCCGGACAUAAAGUCUCUUUCUGUUCAGAAUGUCGAGCUGGAUGAAGGGGAGCACCGCAUUGAGAACUUGGACCUGCUGUUGGAUAUAAAUUACGUCGGAAACUUUUCCACGUCUAUCGAUGCCGACAUGGUCCUGGGCAAGAAGGGUUCCAUUAUGUUGAAAGUUAAGCAAUUGUCCGGCAUGGCGCGUCUGCAGUUCACAAGGAAGCCUUACACGCAUUGGUCCCUGAGCUUUUUGGGUGACCCGGAACUGAACCUCGACAUCGAGUCCAAGUACCAGGGACGGCAGAUGCAGUCGAACAUCACGAACCUGAUCUCCAAUCAAAUUCGAAAGGCGGUGCGCCGGAAACACACUCUGCCCAACUACAAGCUACGGUACAAGCCGUUCUUUCACUGGACAGCCGAGGACGAGUCCAGUGACUGCGACAUCCAGCCAAACGGACUGCUGACCGUGCGAGUGGUGGAGCUAUCGCGUCUAAUAUCCUGCCCGGAGGGGGGCGACACCUACUGCACCCUAACCUUGGCCCCGGUGCCCUUCAUUGAGGCCCACCAGCGUGACAGUAGUCACGUUCUCAUUUCACUGGAUGUCUUCAUUCAUAAAGCGAAAAAUCAGCAGAUCGGCAUUGUAUUUAAACAAAACGGAAGCCAAGCGGUGCACAUUGAAUCGGUAUUGCCAAACACACCCGCCUGCAAAUCCAACCUACAGGCCGGGGACGUCCUGAUGGCCAUCGAGGGAAAGCCAGUGACAACGAUCCAGCAGAUUGCCAAGGUAGUCAAGACCUUGCAGGCGACAGUCUUCAGUCUGCGCAUAGAACGGAUUAUUCCUGGCAUUAUCCGCAAUGACGCUGUGCUCGAGGACCUAGACAGGUACGACGAUCUGUGCGAUUUACCCCUCUCCAACCCUCCAAAGUCCGACACCAACGAUCUCGGACCAGCCGAGCUGGUUCCAAAGUGCUUGGCAGUUAAGUCCGGCCUUAGCAGUACUCCUACGAGUUCUCCGAAGAAGUCUAACCUCAUUGCCAAAGCCAUUAAGAAGACUAUGAGCCGGGAAAGCGGCGACAAAGAAAAAGAUAAGGAUAAAGAAAGGGAGAAAGAGAAGGACAGGGAAAGAAACAAAGCGGAGGAGCCGGAACGGACAGGCGAAGAAGUCAAUUACUUUUAUCAGCACUCGACUAUCGACUGCCCCUUUAGUCCAUUGAUCCAGAUGGACGACAUGUGCAGCUUCCAGCUGGACAAUAAUAGCCGUUUCCUCAACGUCUGUGUAUUUUCCAAGUGCGCCGGCGAGAGCAUUCUGUUGGGCUACAACAAUGUUCAAAUCAGCCAGGUUCUUGUAGAGUGCUCGGAGACGAGUCUAAACCAGUGUCUCCGGCAAAUUGUUCUUAGCCCAGCUACACUCCAGGCUGUCAAAAUGCAUUCACUAUCCAAUCAGUCCGGAUUCAAUCCAAAUUUGUGUUUUGGGGACAUUCUUUUUAGUUUCUCUUGGAUGGGAAACCCCAACGUCAUAGUGGGGGGAUCCAAAUCUCCCUCUCCUGCAAGAAACAUAUCGACAGGUGGAGACCAUGGCGCACCGGAAAUUCCUUCAUCCGAAAUUAUGAGCAUGAAAUUAACUAGUUCCAUGUCCGACACAACCGCGUUCUUGGGAUCGACUACUGCGAUGGUUGUCCCUCGAGCGCACAACUUUGUGAGAACUCAUUUUCAUCGCGCCACCCAGUGUGAUUUUUGCGGCAAGAAGAUCUGGUUAAAGGACGCGAUGCAGUGCCAGGAGUGUACCAUGUGCUGUCACAAGAAGUGCAUAGCGAAGUGCCAGAACGCCACAGUUUGCGGUCCAGUGGACUGCACCGGAUCCGUACCGGCAUCGACGCCAGCUGUGGCUUUAUCUAUUGUUAGCAAGCCGGAGUUUACCAUCACUCAAGCAGAUAACCUAGAAGUUCUCGAUGAUCGAUCCAGUUCCGCCGUCAUAGACGAUGCAGCUAUUGAGGUGGCGGGGGGUGAACAAGUCCAGGUCCAGGGUGCGACGCGCAUGGACUUGCACAGAUCGAGUCUGACGGGAAUGCUGGCGCAGGGAAUCAAGAGGCAGGCGAGCAAUCUGGACAUUCCGGGCAUAGUGUCUUCACUGACGGGCAGUGGAGGACUUCAAAUAAAUUCAAGGAGCCUCCCACCGAGUCCCCAGCAUACGCCCUCGCGGAAAUCGUCGAUGAUUGAGGACUCCAACCCCUUUGAGAGAGUUACUCAGUACUUGGAAGCCCUCCCAUCGGAAUGCACAGCUUUAAACUUUGAUCAAGUUAUGGACAUUACAGAGCCGAUCAUCCGACACACUCGAAACGAGGAUCUGAUGAACUUAGCCAAGACAUCCAGCAAGCAACUGUAUGCGACCUCCCCAUCAGACGAACGGGUAGCCAAGAUCAACGAGCUGUUAAGUAAAAUAAGAGUCGCUCUGGACACGGAGACUGAUGGUUUCACCAUGAUGAACAAUGCGGAACGGGCCACAGAAACGUCACCAUGGAAGCCCGCGUCUAAUAUAGAGAACAGUUCUGAUGACAGAGUCCAGGCACUCAGUAUUAUUAUGCUCUACCUGUGUACGGGUCUACAACGUGCCCAGGAUGGGGUCCCGCAAUAGACUAAUGCAUAGGCACUGACGGUCUAGGUGUAUUCAUAAUUGUAUUAUUUUUAAGUAGCAGACUGGAAAUGUAAAUUUAUGGGCAUUUUAAAUCCGUGUUGUGGCAUACUCACCCAAAAGUAUUUUUUAACCCGGUAUUCUUAAGAUAUUGCUGUAUGGAAAAAGGAAACGAAGGAUUUGGAAAUUAACAAUCAUAAAUCAAUCUAAUUAAAUUAUGUCCGUCUAUCUGUUUUAAUGAAAGUAUCUGCUUAUACGUCAGAAAUUAUUUUAAUCAAAGAAGACAACCACGUGAACUCGGCAGAAAAGAGAUUUUGCCACACGAUCCUUGAGUACCGGGUAUAUAAUAGUCGAAGCACUCGACUUUAGCGGUUUUUACUUGUUUAAAUAUUUAGUCGUUUGUUCCUAUCAAACUAAACGCUUUAUUUGUAAUUGAGAAAAUGUACAUAUUAGAUACGGGGUACAUUCAAAAUCUAUAUUAACAUAAAGUCUUUUAAAUUCGUUUUGACCAAUAAAAAUGUUAAAUCUCAAACAUGUCAAUAUA